AUGGGAACUAACCCAAAAAGGACAGUGACAGUCCAGAUGCUGCCUCAGCUGGCCGCGGUGGACAUGCAAGGCAAUAAUAAGGGGCCAAAUGCCAACUGGGCCAAAGAGCCCAACCUCAAACUCUCUCAGGUUUGUCCAAAAUCCACCCUCACAUCUCCUGACCACAAACAGGACAACUCAUCUCUGACUGCUUCUUCUACUAACACCGCCCCACACACCCCAACAAACGCUUGCAAGGGAGGGGAACCAGUUCCCAGCGCUGUGUCAGACAAACCAGUACCAAAUAAUGGAAACCAGACAAAGUCAGAGCUUGCGACAGGUCCAGACCAACAGAUGCAGGACCUGUCUCCAACAGGCCACAGAGUGUGUGAGGCAGGAGGCGACCAGAGGGAUUCAAAUGCAAAUAUGAAAAUGCUAAGCAUGGCUGAUGAAAAGGAUAUCUGUAAGGCUGCUGUGUCGCCCGCUCUUACAGCGUCAAAGGUCGACAUGCAGACCAAUGACUGCAGAAUAAAGGUGCCGAAUGCAGCAGAAGAGGAGAGUGCAAAGCUGAUACCCUCAGCCGCAGCACGAGUGGACAGUAAUGAAAAUAUUUCCCCUAAUAAUAAAAAUCUCAACAGCGCCUGUGAUUUAAUGCAUACGACAUCUGAACCACAACGCGACAACGAAGGGAACCUUUUAGCUCUCAAAGACAAGGACACAGCUGUACCACAGACAUCUCAAGAGCCUGAUCAUAUACGUAGCCGCUCACACACCUCUGUGAGUCUGCAGGAAGCAGCCAAUCCUAAACAAAGCAUGGAAACUCCUGCAGCUCCUCUUUGCUCCACUGCACCUUUUUCUAAGAGCAAAGACGCAGAGGCUGGGUUUACAAAUAAGACUUCAAGUUCAACACAUCCAGAGAAGGAUUUGCCACCAUUGAAGAAACCACACGUCUCCUCAGAUAAACAUCAGCCCGUGUCCUCGCAGGCGGACUCCUCCGCUCUGCCCCAGGCUACACAAACCAUGCCGGGAGACGGGCAGGUGGCUGAGGAAGAAACCGACACAGCUGCCUUUGAAGCGCAGCGGCACGGCAAGCAGUACAGGGAGGUUUCGACGAUGACCUUAUCCCCGUCAUUUGCGCCGGUCAAACAAUGUCAUGAUAUGGAGGUCCAGGCGGUGGCGAACACGUGCAGUAAGGCUGUGGCCACGAGUCCGAUUCUGCUGCCUUUUGCUGUGUCUCGCAGGCCGAGUGUCGGUGCAGGCCCCAGGGAGGCCGCGCAGAGCCUGGCUGUAGUCUACCAGCUCGACGGGGGUGUGGCACUACAUCAGAUGAACAUGAGCCCUCGGUCCGCCUCCACUGAUCCAAGGUCAGAGAGACUCACUGUUGAGGCAGAGAUGUGCCCCAACCAAAAUGUCAGCGUGGUUUUCCACUCAGAAACUUUGUCCCAGCAGCAGGACAAAAGGCUGGGAGCAAAGCCUAAAGACCCCGAAUCAGCUCUCUGCAACACCCAGCCCGUUUAUCAAAUCAACAUUGAUCACAGCCACCACAAGGAGCAUGAAGAGAAUAAAACAGGGGUGCAGAAAUCUGCAGAGAAAACAGCCAAAGCCGAAGCUCUAACUCUCAAAUCAGGAACACCCCCAGAGACGGCCGGUGCUACCAAGCCUGGGCCUGCUGACAGUCACAAUGCUGCGGCGUCACAAGCUGCUGUUACAACCAAGCCCGGCCGGGCCCAGCCAACAACAACAACAACAACAACCACAACAACAACAACAACAGCAACAGCAACUAAAACCACAUCAAAGCCAGAUCUAACAACAAAAAAAGCUGAAAGUCCUAAACAAAAGGUUAAAGGUGGAGGUAAAGCCCAGAAGAAGGAGGCAAAGUCAGCCAAACAGAAGAUAGAACCAGGGAGGAAGGAAGAAGAGGAGAACCAGACCCAAGAAAAGGGCAUCCACGAUGUCGUCUGGGACGAAGAGGGCAUGACUUGGGAGGUCUACGGGGCUUCUGUGGACCCAGAGUCCCUUGGUUUCGCCAUUCAGAGUCACUUGCAGUGCAAAAUCAAGGAGCAAGAGAGGAAACUGACUGCCCAAACUUCCUUCCGAAAGUCAGUCUCUGGUGCCGACUCUCCGGGACUUGUCAGCGUGAGCAAAAGGAGGCAGCAGAACAUUUUCCGGUCAAUGCUGCAAAAUGUCAGACGGCCCAACUGCUGCGUGCAUCCCCCUCCCUCCUCCGUCCUCGAGUAGCACAGCGCAGAGGUAGCCAGUGUCGAACUCCGGCCUUUUCCUAGAGGUCACAUUUGUUGUCCUCCCUUCGUCACGAUUGCGAUGCGAAAGCAUUAACUGGGGCGACGAUCCCCGUGAGAAAGUGUACUGGAAU